AUGGCAAACGUAACUCCUACUCCCAUUGAGGAUGCGGCCGCAUUUCUCUCCCCCUCCGUCCUCCGAAUGGUUACCAACCCGAAGAUUCAAUCCCCUCGAGAAACAUUUGAUGCCACGCGGCUCAAGACAAAUCUUACCUCCUCCCCAAGGCCGGUCCCUCCUCCUGGCUCUCCGGAGCUACUCUCAAACAAAGUAUGCACCGACCACAUGAUCAGCAUUCGCUGGACAUCCGAGCAAGGUUGGACCGAUCCCGAGCUUGUCCCGUAUGGUCCACUAUCUUUGAUGCCAACUGCCAGCGUUAUACACUAUUCUACAGCUUGCUUUGAGGGUAUGAAAGUAUACCGUGGGGCUGACGGAACGCUGCGCUUAUUCCGACCGGGAUAUAACUGCGGACGGAUGCUUGCAUCUGCGCUUCGUAUCUGCCUUCCGGGAUUCGAUCCCCGACAACUUCUUGCGUUGAUCAAGAAGCUGUGUGCAGUUGAUGGUCCGAAAUGGCUACCCAAGGACGGUGUGGGCCAGUCGCUUUAUCUCCGUCCCACUUUCAUCGGAUCGGAUCCAUGUCUGGGAUUCCAGGUUCCCCAAGAGGCGAUGUUAUUCAUCAUCAUUUCAUACUGGCCACCUCCACCCUCCGCCAAGAAGGGACUCGAGCUUCUUUGCAGUGUUGAAGAUAUGGUCCGCGCGUGGCCUGGUAGCGCGGGGUCAGCCAAAAUCAGUGGUAACUAUGGGCCCUCACUUUUGGCGCACGACGAAGCCAAAAGAAAUGGUUUCGAUCAGGUUCUCUGGUUAUUUGGAUCCGAAGGAUACGUGACCGAAGCCGGUUCAUCGAACUUUUUCGCAAUUUGGAGAACGGAGGGUGGGAAGCUGCAGCUUAUCACUGCUCCUCUGACAGAACAUACGAUUUUGGCAGGUGUGACAAGGAAGAGCGUCCUGGAGUUGACAGAAACAAGACUUGAUCAAGCUGGCGCUUCCAAAGUGGGCAUUGAACCAUUGGAGGCAGUCGAGGCAAACUUCACCAUCUCCGAGCUGGCCAAGGCCUCCGAGCAGGGAAGACUACUCGGUACUUUCGUUGUUGGUACUGCCUGUUUCAUGCAACUGGUGGUCCGCAUUCAGUACAAGGAGCGGGUUAUUGAGAUUCCGACCGACGAUAUUCCGCACAUGGCGGUUUUGCUAAGAUGGAUGUCUGAUAUUCUGCUGGGAAAUAAUAAAUCUGAAUGGAUAGAUGUGAUCAGUGAGGAAUAG